CCGCGUUGCUAACGAGCUGCGAUGGCCGAAGAAGCCGCCUCGGCGCCGGAGCCGUCCGCCUCCCAUUUGACGGAGAUGAAUGAGGAGUUACAGUUCCUCCUAUGUGACAGAUGCCACUCAGAGGUCCCACACCCCAAACUCCUGCUCUGCCUUCACAAUCUCUGCUCCCUGUGCCUUGAAGAAAAGCCGCCCGAUCUCUGUGUCAUCUGUGGAACUCCGUACGUCCACCUUGCAGAGACCCCUGAAAAGCAGGAUAACGUGUUCUUCGCCAACCUCCAAGUCAAUUUUGAUCUCUACCAGAAGGUCACUGGGAGCAAAGAGUCGGUUUGUAACAACUGUAGGAAAGAGGCAGAGUUUUGGUGUUUCAGCUGCAAAGAGUUCCUUUGCCUCUUGUGCUUUCGAAGCCACCAGAGAUAUCUGAAGAAAGAGAGUCACGAAGCCAGGCCGCUGAAGGACUUCCAGGCAGAAUCUUGCAAGGAAUUCCUUUCAACCAUCAGAAUGCCCAACAACAUGUUUUGUUCCAAGGAGGGACACAGCAGCCAAAUAUUAAGCCUCUACUGCAAGCAAUGUUCUCAACCUAUGUGUGCCAUUUGCACCCUACUGGACAGCAAGCACCUGGGUCAACAUUGUGACAUCAGCCAGGAAAUACAAUGCAAGCAAGAAGAAUUGCAAAACAUGAGCACAGAGCUGAAGGAGAAGAAGAACACUUACGACGAAACCUACAGCAGCCUUGAGGAACUGGCGAGAGACAUGGAACAGUUGAGGAACGAGAUGACGGAGCUGAUCCAGCAGAAGAUAGAGCAGAUGAUCCAGUGGCUGAGAGAAAAGAGAAAAGGAUUCUUAGCCGAAGUAGAAGCCCAUCAUAGCCACCAAGUGCAAGAGGUAAACAAGAAGCUGCAGGAGACGGACGGAGUGGUCCAGAGAAUUACAUCCAGCCAGAGGUUGGUGGAGAAGUUGCAACUCUACGCUUCUAGCCAGGAGGUGUUGGAGAUGCAUCCUUUCCUCAAAAUGUCCAUGGUGGACCUCAAGAAGAAGCAGCCAUCUUCGGUAAGGGGAAUCGAAAUGAGGACUUUCCUGGAAAUCAAGGCCCAACUUCAAACUUUGCUCGACAGAGUGACAAAAAACGAAGAAGCCGAUCCAGCUAAAGCUCAAACAGAGCCUCCAGAGGAACUUUUCGGAAAGUCACCGCUCAAAAGGAAAAACGCUGAAGGGGAAACAAACACUGACAGCUAUCCAAAAAUUCUCAAAAUUGAGCCAUUAACUGAUGAGGAAUGGAAUGCUUCCGCCGUAGCGUCUUGCAGCUGUUUGAUGAUGAAUGAACCAGGGACCAGUUAUGGAUCCACCAGUGGUGGCUUUGUCUCAAGAAGUCAAGGGAGCCUCAACAAAAACCCAGAUGACGGUCCAGGGAUUGCUGAUGGCUGCUCAGAUUUAUCUGAUCCAGAAGAGGACUCCUCAAUGAACGUUUCUUCAGAAGAAGAAUCCACUGAGGACGAAACCGGGGCCUCAGUCUUGCCCCUGGACAUCAAUCCUACAUCACCAGUUGGCCAGAAAAGCCCAAUGAAGUAUCCAUGCAGCACAUCUGAAGAUCUUAGCUUGGAGUCCAAAAUCAUAUUCUUUGACCUCAAGUUUCUGUCAGGAAAUAUCCUUCACCUGGUCGCGCUUGGAAAAGAAAUUCUCACUUUCAGUGUCAAGAUUUCUUGCCUCAAAAACACAGAUGACAAAGUCUGUGUGGAUGGACUGGAUGAGUUCCUCGAGUAUCUCAGCACCCUCCAUAGGCCCAUUUUUGUGGGAUACAAGUUAUGGUCCAUGCAACUCCCUGCUCUGCUUGAUGCCCUUCGAAAGAUCAACAAGGAAAAACAGUUUGAAGAGUCCAUCUUUGGUUUCCUGGAUGUUUUGCCCUUCAUCAGAGAGAAAUUCCCUGAAAACCCAAAUUAUACACUGAAAAAAUUAGUCAAGAUGUAUCGUCAGAGACAGUUGGACUGCACCAAGGCAGGUGACUGUGCCUUAGCUCUGAAGGAGUUCUGUACCUUCUUGAAAAUUAACCCCGUGACCCCAAAAAAGCAGGUAAUUGCCUGUUCCAGCUUCAGAUGUUACUCCUCCCUUCAACCUCUCUGGGAGAAGAAAGUCCUCACCCAGCCCUCCAGGCGGACUUUGGCCCUACACAACAUCUCCCUUCUCAAACUGCAGUCUAUCUAUCAAAACGACCCCGAGAAAGGGCUAAAGAAACUCUGCAGGCAUUUGAACGCCAAACGGAGGACGGGCGAGAAAAAAAUUCAGAGGUUGAGCAAGAUCCGCAGCUAUUUCCAAAGCCUCCCAUCGUCAUCUCAAUGUUCUUCACUUCCACAGAUUUGUUAAGCGACACUCUCAUUUUUUAUGGGAUUAAGUCACCCCUCUGUACACAAGGGGAUUACCUUGAAGUAAAACCACACAGGCUGGCUGGUACAUUUGGCCAAAGAGUCUCUGACAUUUCUGUGACUUGAGUUUGCAUAGACCGCAUCAUCAUGUUUUAUGGAAUCCACCAAAUAGGGUUAUUAGGUUGGUGCAUUAUGCUACGCCAUGAGCCUUGAUUUACAAACCACAAUGUGACAAAGUCACACAGGACAACACCGUGCACACUGCACUAUGGCUUAAGAAGGCAAUGAUUCAAUCCAACCCAAAAGGCCAUCUCCAUCCAUUUUAGUUUUUCUCGAGGGAUUCUUUGCUUAUAGAGAUGAAAUAAUUGAUGAUAUGAAAUCUGAAUGUCCACCACAAAAGCUCAGCUAGUGUUUUAAGAAGCUGAGAACCUCUUCGGUUGUAGUUGGGUGAACCUCAACUACCAGCAGCUCCAAAAAAAACAAACCCUAGUAAGUAAGAAGAAAAGCCAGAAAUCAUAGUUAGCAAUAUCUGUAAUGUCACUUCUGUUGUUUUUUUCUAGUUAAUCUGCCUUCCAAUCUAAGAAAUCUCAUGAUAUAUUUUACAUAUAGAUUAAAUGCAAUGACCAUAAGUUGCAAUAAAGUUA